AUGGAUAUCUCCAGCCUCGGGCACGAAAAUUUUUUAUCAGCUGAACUAGAUCUACAAAAAAAAUUCGGUACACCGGCCACCCACGCUCUAUCCGGAGAAGCAGGAAAUGCAAUUAAACGAUUCUUUUGUUUUUAUUUUCUUUUUGGAUAUUUACCUUCGCGACUAAUCACAGACGAAUCUUUAGUAUUAUUAUUUAAAUUAAAUUUUAAAAGCACAACGACAUUCAAACUCAAAGACGGUGAUUUCUUUAGAGACGAAAAUGUAAGUAGUCAAAAAUCUCCAACGAAAGGUGCUAUUCAGUCGUGUGGUAUGGGAAGUGAUGAUGAAGAUGUUGAGUAUGAUCCUUUGUCAUUGAAUCCGAAUAACAAUAUGAUCAGUAAAUGCAAGUAA